AGAUAAUCUACUCGGCCUUGAAACCGGACUGAUCAUGUAUCCUCCCUCGUGUAAUCAUAAAUCAAUGGAAUGAUAUAACUGUAUUGUACAAGUCGGUGUUUUAAAUAGUUCACAGGAAAAUUGUUAUUACGAAGAUACUAACACAAAAUGAUUCCAAAGAAUUUGAUGCCAGACCUAACGCGAGAUCAAAAGCUGCGGCUGAUCCCGUUCGCGGCCACCUGGCUCGCCUACUAUAUCCUGUACAUGCCAAUUUCCGGUCACCCUACCGAGUCCCUGGGGGCCGCCUUCUUCAAACUUCUGCCCAUUGCCAGUCUUGCAUUCUACGUUGUAUCAGCUUCAAUGGACUUCAAAGGUUUACCGACCAAAGAUUCGCUGGUACCAGAGGACGACCGACAGAGGAACUUUCUAUUUGGGCUGGCGGCCUCGGCUGUGGGUGAUAUCUGCCUGGUGUGGCGGCACACAAUGUUUAUACCGGGACUGCUCGCGUUCGCCGUCGGCCACAUGUUCUACCUUCAUGGUUUAAAAGACAUGGGCAAAAUUAGCCGGACAAAAGAAGUGUUUGUUUUGCUAGGGUUGGACGUCUACCUUUUCCUACAACCACUGUUUAACUCAUACGUCAUGAGCGUCCUGGUGGGACUGUACUGCGUGCUCAUAUUCACCAUGGCGUGGAGGGCCAUGGCCUGGCACGAGACGGACGGGAGCAAGGCGUCCCUCAUGGGCUGUCUGGGCGCCCUCCUCUUUAUCAUGUCAGAUUUCCUGAUUGCUAUAGACAAGUGGUUUAUAACGCUUCCUUUCAGAGGAUCAAUGAUAAUGUCGACGUAUUUUGGGGCACAGUUGCUCCUUUCUUUAAGUACAACACACAAUCUGAAAUAAGUUUACAAUAAAACAUACUGAAACACUGAUCGAUAUAAUAAGGUAUUGACGUGUACUUGUAUAUUUUGUUUUAUGUCAAAUGUAUGAACUCCUAUUAGUGUAUAUCAAAGUACGCGAAGUAUCAUGGUCUGGUGCUUCAUUUAAUUUUUUAUCUAGUCUUAUUCGAACCAUCAUAUUUCUUAUCUUGUAGAAUUUUGUGAAAUAAAUCCUUAAGACAAAACCUUCAGGUUCACCUAUUGAAGCAACUGUGAUCAUAAUAACGCUUCAUAACUACGUGAAUUGUGGGCGCACUGCAAUGUGUUUGUCAUUAUUAUACCAUCACUUAUUACUGUGAUAACAACACAACUCCUGCUUGGCUCAGCUGGGACUUCCAGCUACUGGAAGUAAUGUGCUUAGCUCUGUGAAUAUUGUAAUUUACUGUUGCUUUUUCUGAGAGGCCAUCAGCCUGAAUAUCACGCGGUAUCGAUCUUAGUGGAAAAAUACAUUAUUUGUAAACCAA